AUGAAUAAAGCAACAUUGAAUAUGCCACAAGAAGGAGACAAUUCAACGAAAAUGAAUGAUGACAUUAAAUUAUUCGCUAACAACAAAUCGAAGAAGAAGCGUAAAAAACGUAAAAUUUCGAGAGGUGCUGAAAUUGCUACCACAUGUGCAACAGUCUAUGAUAUUGAGGGGACAAAGUGUGCAGAAUCUGCUCCGAUGAACUCACGAACUGACAUAACGCUAAACAAUGUACCCUCAGUCAAAGAGAAAUCCACAAUAGAUUCGAUCGGAAGAACCUCCCAGGGAACUCUCGAUCUCACACAUAAAUAUGCUGACAAUUUAGUGAUUGAUGAAGACGAAAUUAAGAAACGUGAAGAAAUAAUGAGCUAUCUUCAAAUGUCCUAUACACAGAAGAAAAAUGAAAUACGUUUGCAGAGUGAUGGCAUAAUCAAGAUUAACAACAUUAAUAGCGAGAAUGCCGAGGCAAAUGAUCCAGCGAAGAAUAUCAAUGUCUCCUUGCAUCAGGGAGAAAAAUCGCCUACAACUAGAAAUGAAUCUUUCAUUUUCAAGGAGUUGGAGGCGCAAAGUAUCGAUAUUCAAGACCACCAGAAUACUCACCAGCAAAGGAUUGAGAUUGGGAAAGCAGGAAUGAGAAGUGACGAUGAAAAUCAGAAGACAGUCGAUCCAGUAGAAACUUUAGAUCGAAAAAGGAUGUCACUUAAAGAGGGCAAUUGUCACAUUCCAAUAGAGUUAGGGGUACAGAUUAACAAUAGUCAAAACAAACUGAAGACUGAUGAGAAAAGGAUUGAGACGCGAGCCUCAACAGAUCUAAGUGGAAUGGAUCCAGAAGCAGCUGAUGGCAAUGAAGAUCAAAAAGCUUUUCAAUGCCUAGCAGAUGAGCCAGUAGGCAGUUUUGAUAUUCCCCUGGAUCAGAGAAAAAUGUCACCGAAUAAGUCUGAUUGUUGUGACAUUUCUCUGGACUCAAAGACACAGAUUAUCGAUAGUAAAGACAAACUGAAGACUGAUGAGGGAAGCAUUCAGACAAAAGACUCGAUAGAUUUAAGUGGAGUAAUUUCAGAAGCACCAAAUGGCAAUGGACAUGAAAAAGCCGUCGAUCCGGUGGAAACUUCCGAAAUCCCUCUUGAUCAAGGAAAGAUGUCACUGAAAGAAGUUAAUUCUCCUAACAUGGCCAGGGAGGUAGGUAUACAGAGUAUCGAUCGUAAAGACGAACUGGAGCAAAAGAUUGAUUCAAAAGCUUCAAUGGAGCCAAGUCAAAUGGAAACAGAAACAGCAGUUGAUAGAUAUGAAAAAGUUGAUCCACUGGAGGAUUUUGAUAUUUUACUGGAUCAAAGGGAGAAUUCGCCGAAUAAUGCAAAUUACUGUAACAUUCCCAUGGAGUCCGCGGUACAGUCCAUCGAUACUAAAUACGAACAGAAUACUGAUGAGCAAAAUAUUGAGACGAAAGCGUCAAUAGAUGUCAGUAAAAUGGAAACAGGAACAACGGAUUUCACUGAAGAUGAAACAUAUAGUGUCGUUACCCCCCUCGAUGAAAAUAAGGCGUUCGCAAUGGAAAUCAAUCACUCUGCCAUUCCUAUGGAAUCAAAAGUACAGAUUAUUGAUGGUAAAGACGAACAGAAUACUCACAAGCAAAACACUGAGACUGAAUGUAUGUCCGAUUUAAAUGUAAACAAUACAGGGAUAAGGUGUUUCAUUCAGAAUUCGAAGGGUUCAUCCAUUCAGCCUGACAACAAUUGUAGUGAAAUAUCUGCAAACGAUAAAAAAGGGAAGAAAGCACGUAUAGAUGCAAGCCAUGAUUUAACUCCCAAUUUUAACGUGGUUGAUAAUAUAAAAACCAAAGCUGAGUUGAAACUCUUUACUUCACAUGAUAAAGAUUCUAGUAAGAGUGAAAAGGUAAUCAAGGGCCUAAAGACUACUACUGUGAAGCAAGAAGACUACUCGAACUAUGAUUCCGAUAUUAGUGAGCUAGAGGCACUGAAUUCCGAUGAUGAUGCAGCAUCAGAGAUCCUGACUCCAGAAGAACUAAGAUACGAAAAUUUGGAAUUAUCUUUUGAUAUCACAAGCGAUAGACAUGAUCAAAAAGCACGGGCUUUUCAAGUACCGAUACCCACUGUAUCAGAUGAUGAUGAAAGCGAAGAUGACGAUGAUUCUGUGAAAGAUAAAGAUUAUGAAGUCGAAUCAGAUGAAGAGUCGGAUAGUGAAUGUGAUACCGAAUCAAUCCAGAAUAACGCUAGGAAGAGAUCAAAGAAUAGAAGUUCAUCGUGCUCUGAAAAUCAUGAUUCUGUAAAUACUUCUGCGAAUGACUCAGCAAAUUCUACCGUCAAUCAUUCAACAAAUCUAAAUGAAUCUCUACCACGUGGUGCUCCCGAAGCCGAAAACCUGGUAGUACCCACUUCUGACUCUGGAGGGCCAAAGAAAAAUUUCUGUUGCUUUUGUAAAACGAUGCAGAGUAACAUGAGUCGCCACUUGACAACUCACAAGAAAACUUCAAAAGAAGUGCAAGAAUUUCUGAGAUCUGAGCCAGAUAAUCCUAUUCGAAAGGAAAUAAUUGGACGCCUUCGUGCCCAGGGUGAUUAUUUAUAUAAUACCAAUCCAGAUUACAAUAAAGGACAAUUACUAGUAGCUCGACGUCCCCAUAGUAAAUUGAAGAGAGACGCGAAUGAUUUUGCUAUGUGUCACCAGUGUCGCAACUUUUUUUCAAAGAAUAGUAUAAGACAUCAUCGUCGUCCCUGUCUAGGCACUCAAAGUACUCCCAGUCGCGCUAACAACGCUUUAUCUAAGAAAGUUAAUGGCCGCGUUCAUCCUAUGGCUACUGAACGUUUUCAGUCCUACAUUCAUUCUAGUCUACGAAAUGAUGAAGUGGGGCUAGUAGUUUCACGAGAUGAAUUUCUGUUCCUAUUUGGAAAUCACAUUUUAUGUAAAUAUGAAAAACCUAAUCAAAGAGAAAUGGUGAGAACCCGUUUGAGACUGUUGGCCCGCAUUCUUCUACAAGCGAAAGAAGUGAAUAAGCAAAUUUCAGAUUUUGCUUCUUUAUUCAAUCCCCUAUAUUAUAAAACAGUAAUCCAGGCGGUAAACGCUGUAGCUGAAUAUGAUCCAGCUGAAGGUACCUAUGGUUUUCCAUCAAAUGCUCAUGAUGCUGGUACAUAUCUCAAAAAAGCGGCGCAGCUGCUAAUUGUUGAAUGUAUUGAAAAAAAAAAUGGAGAGAAGAAAAAAGAUGUUGAAGAUUGUUUGACCAUUUACGCUACAAAAUUUCCUGUUGAAGUUGCCAAAACAGCACGCGAAGCACAAGUCAAACAACAUAGACAGAAUAAAGAUCGAAGGCUUCUUCCUGCCACAGACAAUAUUAUAAAACUGUGGGAUUAUUUGAUCUCUCUAUCUGAUAAAGCUCUGGAGCAACUGAACGAACGCUAUUCUUUCGAUGCAUGGAAGACAGCUGCGGAAACAACACUUAUAAUGAUUCAAAUCUUCAACCGCAAACGAGCCGGUGAAUUAGAAAGAAUGGAACUCGAUGAUCUGAAAACUCGUGAGAGGAUAUCGGAAGAUACUAAUCCAGAACUCUUCCAAUCACUAUCAAACGAAGAUAAAGCUGCUGUCAUGAAAUAUUGUCAUUAUGAUAUUUGUGGGAAGUUGGGUCGAACAGUACCUGUACUGUUAACCGAGAAGAUGGAGAGAAGCAUAGGACUUAUACAAAAGUAUCGAUCAAAUGCUAUGGUUCCUGCUAAAAAUCCAUAUGUUUUUGGUAUGCCUGGUAUGCGUGUAGGUGGCUACAGAUACCUAAGAGCUUGCAGAUUACUAAAAGUCAUGGCAGUGGAAUGUGCUGCCCAGUAUCCUGACUGUCUUCGUGGGACUGCUCUCCGAAAGGACAUGGCUACCGCGUGUGCCUCCGAAAAUGCUAGCGAGAAUUCUAUAUUCGACGUACCUAAUUUUCUUGGUCAGUCUGAAGAGAUCCAUCGUAAUAUUUACCGUCAGCCUGUCGCAAGCCGCGAUUUAUGUAACGUAUCUCGUUUCUCAGAAACCGCAAUAGGCAUGAAGACAGGUGAGUAUGAUGAAUCAGACGGGGAAGAUAAUGUUGGAAUCAAUGUUCGUAAAAGGGGUAAUUGUAACAGUCGUCGAAGUAAUAAGAAUAUGGAUGAUAACAAUGCCAACAGCAAUCAGGCCAAUAGCUCUGAAGACUUUGAACCAAGUGUUAAUGUUUCAAGUACUUCGACUUCUAGAAGCCAAACCUCUUCGAACAAGAGGAACCGGGUGCGAAUAUCCACUGACGAAGAGACCAGCGUGAGUAGUAUUCGUAUCAAAUCGAGAAGAGCGUAGAGUACACUCGAACGUGAGCUGAUGUAUGAAGAAUUCAAGAAUAAUGUCGAAUUACACGUGCCUCUAAAAGCUGUGUCUAUAAGGAAUUUUCUGAAGGAAAAUCCAUGCGUUGAACGCACAGAAGCUCAAAUUCGAACAUUCGUGAGUAAUCAGGCCAGGAGUCGCACAAAAAAAAGAGCUUAUGAGAGGGGGGGAGCACGCUAUAAAAUAUCAAUCCUGUCUUUGAAUGAGAAUGAUUCCUACCAUCAAACUCAGUAUAGACCACUGACUUUUUUCCUUUUUUUGUUUUAUUAUUUCAAUAAUUUCCUCUACGCAAGUCGUAAAUACUUCUAAUAAUAUUGACAUCAAACUGUCAGAAAUUCGAAUGUUAAGAUAUAUAAAUCCCCAUUCUUAUGGGAUAUAAUUUUGUUAUUUUAUUAUAUGACUCCUAAGAAAGUCUUGAUGACAUUCGAAAAAAUCUAAAAAGCUUGUAUGUUACACUGUGGAUCUUGAACUGCCACAGAACAAUAAUUAUUACUAUCGACAAUUCACAUCCUUUUUUAUUUGUUAACUGUUCAUCCAGAAUACGAAACGUAUGAAAAAAUUCAAUGGAAAAAACCAAG